AUGGCUAUGCAACCCCAUAGUAAGAAAAGAGUGUGUUAUUACUACGAUAGUGACAUUGGAAAUUAUUAUUAUGGCCAAGGUCAUCCCAUGAAGCCUCAUCGUAUACGUAUGACACAUAAUUUAUUGCUUAAUUAUGGUCUGUACAGAAAAAUGGAAAUUUAUAGACCUCACAAAGCCACAGCUGAUGAAAUGACUAAAUUCCACUCUGAUGAUUACAUUCGAUUUUUAAGAUCGAUUAGGCCGGAUAAUAUGUCAGAGUACAACAAACAAAUGCAAAGAUUUAAUGUUGGUGAAGAUUGUCCAGUGUUUGAUGGCUUAUAUGAAUUCUGUCAGCUAUCAGCAGGUGGUUCAGUCGCGGCUGCGGUUAAAUUAAAUAAACAGGCAUCAGAGAUUUGUAUCAACUGGGGUGGUGGACUUCACCAUGCAAAGAAAUCUGAAGCAUCAGGGUUUUGCUAUGUAAAUGACAUUGUUCUUGGUAUUUUAGAGCUGUUGAAAUAUCAUCAAAGGGUUUUGUAUAUUGACAUUGAUGUGCAUCAUGGUGAUGGAGUUGAAGAAGCUUUCUAUACAACAGACAGAGUUAUGACAGUUUCAUUUCAUAAAUAUGGAGAAUAUUUCCCAGGAACAGGUGAUUUGCGGGACAUUGGUGCUGGUAAAGGCAAAUACUAUGCUGUAAACAUACCUCUGCGUGAUGGUAUGGACGAUGACUCAUAUGAAUCAAUCUUUGUGCCAAUUAUAUCAAAAGUCAUGGAGACAUUUCAACCUAGUGCUGUUGUCUUACAGUGUGGUGCAGACUCACUUACAGGUGACCGAUUAGGAUGCUUCAACUUGACGGUACGUGGACAUGGACGUUGUGUGGAACUUGUGAAGAGAUUUGGUCUUCCAUUCCUACUUGUUGGAGGUGGAGGGUAUACAAUUCGCAAUGUAUCUCGUUGCUGGACUUAUGAGACUUCAGUAGCUCUUGGAGUAGAAAUAGCUAAUGAGCUUCCUUACAAUGACUACUUUGAAUAUUUUGGACCAGACUUCAAGCUGCACAUAUCGCCUAGCAACAUGUCCAAUCAGAAUACACUUGAAUACUUAGAAAAGAUAAAGAACAGACUAUUUGAAAAUCUUCGCAUGUUGCCACAUGCACCAGGUGUACAGGUACAAGCUAUUCCAGAAGACGCAGUAAAUGAUGAGUCUGAAGACGAAGACAAAGUUGACAAAGAUGAGAGGCUACCACAGAGUGAAAAGGACAAACGCAUAACGGGUGACGGCGAGCUGUCCGACUCGGAGGACGAGGGCGAGGGCCGGCGCGACAACCGCUCCUACCGCGCGCCGCAGCGCAAGCGCCCGCGUCUGGACAAGGACGCCACGCCCGCCAAGGAUGAUGUUAAAGCUGAAGACAUAAAGGACGACGUGAAAAAUGUAAGCAAUUUGGAAGAACCAAAGAAAGAUGUGCCGCCGAACGCC